CCCCCGAGGCCUCUCGAAGAGGCACGCGAGGAUUUCCGAGAGCGCCCAAGAGCAGCCGGGAGCGCCGUCCAUAGCCGUUUUGGCUCAAGCCAUUCUUGCCCAGAGGAGGUCUCCAGGUUGGACCCAUGUGCCCUGCCGGCCAGCACCCCACCGGCAUGCUCGGCGCGAUGCUUCCAGAGUUUGCGGCGGCCUUCUCCGAGCACGGGAAGGGAACUGCGGUGCGCCCCGAGCCAGACGGGUUCAGCUCGGCCCCCACCCGAUGUCCGACGCCAGAGCUGCUCGCCUCCGGCGACGGCCACGACGCCAGCGCGCACGCGGAGAGCCCCGGCGCCGCCGCGCUGCCGAGGCACGGGGCCGAGGCGGCGCUCCUCGGAGGCCCGCGCCGCCGGAGGGGGUCUGCGGCGCCAGCGCCCAGGGAGGCUUCCCUCCGGCGCCUCCGGUCCGAGGCGUACUGGGAGCAGAUCGCGACCGCCGCGCGGCCGCCCGCGCGCUCGCCCUGGGACCUGGGCGUGAGGCAGCGCCGCACGGGCCACGACGAAGGGGGUCAUCCUCGGGCGGGCGGCGGUCACGCGGCGCGGGCGGCAGAUGGCGCCGCAGGCGGAGGAGGCCCCGCUGGCAACCCCGGAAGCUGGGCGGGCGCCGUCUCCCGGGAGCUGCGCCGCGCCGCGCGCGGGCCCAGUGCGGUGCCGGCCAUCCCGCCGGCCCCGCCGCCAGCGCCGCCAUCGGCAGCAAGCGGGGCCGCGCUGAGGUCGCGGGGCCGGUCUUACCACCUGGCUGGCAGCCGCUAUCAGCACGAGGGAAACGGAUCCUGGAAGAAAGGCGUAUCGGGACCAGUCCCUAGGACCGGCGCCUCAGCACCUGGCAUCGACAUGUAGACUCAAAGCGUGUGCUAGGGCGAGAUGCGAAUUAUGAGCCGUCGCGCACGCAGUCCGCAGAGGAGCUAGCAAGGAGCACAAUUUGCCCGCAGGGCAGCGACAGACCGGGGAGGCCCAGUUAGGCGGCCGAUGUUGCUACCCCAGGGCUCCCUUCAUCAGCGGAGUUUGCGCCUUAUCAUCUGCGCAGUUUUGCCCUCAUCUGUGACCAUGUACAAUAAAUGGAUGAGCAGAGAACGGCAAAGGCGUAUUGGGACCCUCCACGGGCCCCAAGACCGUCGCCUCAGCACAUGGCAUCGACAUGUAGAAUACAAAUUGUU